AUGUUUAAUGUGGUUUAUAAUGAAGAAAUUCAGCUAAUAAGUAUUGAGAAGCGUGAAGCAUCAGCAUACUGCAUGAGUAUUAAACAGGAGUUCGACGGAAAGCCUUGGUAUUAUGACAUUAAGCACUACAUCACAUAUCGAGAGUACCCACUGGGAGCAUCGAAAAAUAGUAAGUGCACCAUUAGAAAGUUGGUCAUGAGUUUCUUUAUGAAUGGAGAAGUGUUGUACAAGAGGAAUUAUGAUAUGUCCCUCCUGAGAUGUGUUGAUGCUUCAGAGGCCAAGAGAAUUCUAGGAGAAGUUCACGAAGGAAUUUGUAGGACACACGCAAAUGGGCACAUGAUGGCAACACAAGUUUUACAUGCUUGUUAUUACUGGUUGACCAUGGAGUCAGAUUGCAUCAAAUUGCAAAAAAAUGUCACAAAUGCCAUAUAUAUGCAGAUAAAGUACGUACUUCAGUUUCCCCUCUACAUGUGUUGA